AUGAAGAGUUCCCUUAACACACACAUCCUCACCCACACUGGGGAGAGAAAGUUCCAGUGCCUGGAGUGUGGGAAAAGAUUUACCCAGGAGAGUAAUCUUAAAACACACAUCCUCACCCACACUGGGGAGAGAAAGUUCCAGUGCCUGGAGUGUGGGAAAAGAUUUACCAUGAAGAGUUCCCUUAACACACACAUCCUCACCCACACUGGGGAGAGAAAGUUCCAGUGCCUGGAGUGUGGGAAAAGAUUUACCAUGAAGAGUUCCCUUAACACACACAUCCUCACCCACACUGGGGAGAGAAAGUUCCAGUGCCUGGAGUUAGAGCUGAAAGGCACAAAACUACAAAAUAUCACGACCUAA